AUGGCCCUCUCCCUGCCUAGUGCCAGCCCUGCCCCUGUGGCCCCGGGGAGCCCUCUUCUGGGCCAGGCGCUGGGGGCGCUGUCGGGGCUGGGGCUGGGCCUGGCCAUGCUGGGGCUGGGCUGCGCGGUGGAGCCCCGGGGGGCUCCGGGGGAGCAGAUGCUGCUGGGGCUGGGGCUGCUGCGCCGUCCCUGGGGCUGCCUGCUGGCCCUGCUCUGCCAGUUCGGGCUGAUGCCGCUGCUGGCCUUCCUGCUGGCCCUCCUCUUCUGCCUGGACGAAGUGGCCGCCGUCGCCCUCCUGCUCUGCGGAUGCUGCCCGGGAGGGAACCUCUCCAUCCUCAUGACCCUCCUGGUCGACGGGGACAUGAACCUCAGUAUCAUCAUGACCAUAUCCUCCACCUUGCUGGCUUUAAUCCUGAUGCCUCUCUGCCUGUGGGUCUACAGCCGCCCCUGGAUCGACACGCCGCUGGUGCGCCUCUUGCCCCUGGGUGCCGUCACCCUGACCUUAUGCAGUACCCUGCUCCCCAUUGGCCUUGGGGUUUUCAUCCGCUACAGAUAUACGCGGGUGGCAGACAUCCUGGUCAAGGUUUCCUUGUGGUCUCUCCUGGUGACACUGGUGGUCCUUUUCAUUCUCACGGGUACCAUGCUGGGUCCUGAACUUCUGGCUACUAUCCCUGCCACUGUCUAUGUAGUAGCUGUGCUAAUGCCCUUGGCGGGCUAUGGCUGUGGUUAUGGGGUGGCAACCUUGUUUCGUUUGCCACCCCACUGUAAGCGGACAGUGUCACUGGAGACCGGCUGCCAGAACGUACAGCUCUGUACCGCUAUCCUCAAGUUGACUUUUCCUCCAGAGCUCAUUGGGCCCAUGUACAUGUUUCCCUUGCUCUAUGCCCUCUUCCAGGCUGCGGAGGCUGGCCUGUUUGUGUUGGUCUACAAAAUCUAUGGCAAGGACACCUAUAAGCAAGAGCCUAUAGGAGGUGAAGAAGAAGAAGAUACAGACAUUUCUUACAAGAAACUCAAGGAAGAAGAAGUGCCAGAGAUGUCUUAUGGCACAGUGACUGUUGAGGACCAUGGCUCAGUGCUCAUGGAAGCUACACAGACUGCUCUCUAGAGAGAGGGAAUACCUGGAAAAUCCCAUUUCAGGAUAAGUGGUAGAGCAAACUGGGAAGGAUGGGAAGGGGUAGAGAGGUGACAACAAUAUCAGCCAGUUGCUGUAAUCUGGAUUUCCUCAGUAUACAGGGUUUACAACCAAGCCUAUAUUUUUUCUCCACAAAUUAAUGAUUCACAGCCUCUGCAGCUGCUAUUACAGAUUAUCAUUAAAUGUCAUAAAUGUAACACAGAAACAUAAUCAAGAAACCGGUCUGCCCAUAGAAAUGAAGGGUUUUCUGAGGGAAUUUUGAAGAGUGGAGGAAAGAUAAGCAACACAAGGAGGAAACAAUGGCCAUAUUUGUUAAGUGUAACUGAAUGUCAUCACCACAUUUGCUGUUCAAAAAACCCAGAGUUGUGUAUCUUGCAUAUCAUUCAGCUUUUAUGUAUGUGGAAGGGUUAAACUAAUGUUGUGUAUCAGUGAUUAAAUUUCUUCCAAGCGUA